AUGGCUGAUAGUGAUAGGGAAGAAAAACAGCGCGAGACCGUGGGCGUGGCUAGGAGUGAUAGCACGUCACUCGAAAGCGACUCUGCGGCGGAAAAGCGACUUGUGAGGAAAACAGAUUUGUUGAUGAUGCCAGGUUUAGCUUUGGCAUACUUCACUCAUACUCUCGACCGUGCCAACUUGGGAAAUGCGAAGACAGAUGGCUUUGAAAAAGACUUGGGUCUAGUAGGAGAUCAAUUCUCCCUCCUGCUCGUCUUAUUCUAUGUGCCUUACGCGAUCUUCAAUAUUCCGUGGUCGAUACUGGCGAAGAAGUACAAUUCCGCUCGUGUGAUUCCUUUUGCAAUUCUGAGCUGGGGUGCUUGUACGAUGGGCGCUGCUGCUGCCAAGAAUUUUGGCGGUAUCAUGGCAACGAGAAUUAUAAUGGAUAAGCCAUGCGAAGUUUACUACUUAUCAUUAUUCUAUACUCGAAAGGAGAUGGCAUUUAGAGUUUCUUGGAUUGGCCAAAUGGGAUUCAUCGCAGGAGCUGUAUCGGGAUUAAUUUCAUGGAGUGUCUUCCAAUGGAAGGGGACCCUGAAGGGGUGGCAAUACCUCUUCAUAAUUGAAGGCUCAAUAACUGUUGCCGUCGCGGCUUAUUUAUAUGUCUUCGCUCCCAAAAGCCCCGAAACAUCGCGAUGGUACACGAAGGAAGAGGUCCGACUCGCCAAGUGCCGCCUAGAGCAAGACUCCCAGGAUCAAGAUACAGAGUUCCGUUGGGAAGACGCGAAGAAGCAGCUCAAGCAUUGGCCGACUUGGGCAUUCGCAUUCAUGGCCUUGAUGUAUGGCGUCGGCGUAGCUAGCAGCUCGAACUUCCUCCCCACGAUGAUAAAAAGACUCACAACCGAAGCCACAACCGCGAAUCUCUACACCGUCGGCCCCAACCUGACCGCCUCCGUAUUCCAGGUGAGCAUAUGCUGGCUCUCAGACCGGUACCAACAGCGUGCGAACUUCGCCUGCGGAACGACAAUUAUAUCCCUGGUCGCCUGGAUCCUCCUUGGGACACUGGAUCUCGUGCACCAGCCGCGCGUCGGGUACUUCCUAACGUAUCUAAUAACUUUCGCGACAUUCAUCCCGAGCAACUUGGUCCCGGCGUGGUUGGCGUCUAAUACUCCUGGUACGACCGGUCGCGCCGUGUCGCUUGGCCUGAAUUACAUGGCUAUGAACUUGGCGGGUGUCAUCUCGUCGCUCAUCUACCGCGCCGAGGACGCGCCCGUUUACCGGCCUGCGCUUAUUACCGUUGGCUGUACACAAGGUGUCUUCGUCGUGGUAGCUUUAGCGAUGCGAUGGUAUUAUGCUCGUUUGAAUAAGAAGCUAGACUCUGGUGAACUACCCUGUGCGCCGGGCAUGGAGAAUCGCCCCGAAUAUCGAUACGCUGUUUAG